GCAGUUUGCGACCUAAUCAUUCAGGACUUCUACAGGGCGCAUGGUGGAAGCUCGGCGAGGGUGAAGGAACAUUUGUAAAAGACUUUUCUGUCAACUAUUCAAAGGUAGAUCUGGCAAACGAUUUAUAGCUCCACUGCAGACCGCAUUUUCGAAGAGCUAUAGAUAUGGAUGACUACCAGUACAGGAAAAGAUCACGCGAUGAUGAUGAAAAAACUCUUUUUGUCAAGAACUUGGCAGAGUCUGUGACUGAAGACUCCUUGAAGUCUUUCUUCUCUGACACUGUAGAAGUCAGACUUCCUUCCCGUCCAGAUGGCGCUCACAAAGGAUUUGCUUAUGUUGUAUUUGAUGAUGAAGCCGCCGUAGAACAGAUGAUGAAUGACCAUCAAGGUGAAGACUUGGAGGGAUCAUCCUUGUUCUUGGACUAUGCUGGCAGUCGUGGAAGCAAAGCAAAAUCUGCCAGAUCAGACUAUAGUGGGGGAAGUGGUGGACGGAGGUCUGGUGGGGGAAGCGGUGAAAAGACUAAGGUUCUUUUUAUAAAGAACUUAUCAUACAAUGCAACUGAGAAGGACCUUCUAACUGCAUUUGGUGGAUGUGAAUCUGCACGACUGAUCAGGUUUCCCGAUACUGGAAAACCAAGAGGCUUUGGUUUCGUGGAAUAUACAUCACAAGAGGAUGCAACUGAUGCCUUGAGAGAAAAGCAGGGCUUUGACAUUGAUGGAAGAGAGAUUUACAUAGAUUAUGCCUCUGAUAGACAAGGAGGUGGUGAUCGUAGAUCAAGUGGCGGAUAUGGAGACCGGGAUCGCAGAGAUAGUCGUGGUGGUGGCUACAGUAGAGGAGGAGGAGGAGGAGGCUACCGUGGAAGUAGAGGUGGCAGUCGAGGAUAUGGAGGAGGAGGAGGAAGAGGAGGUGGAGGUAGUGACUACCGGGGAAGAGGACGUAGUAGUAGUGGUGGUGGUGGUAGCAGUAGUCGGGACUAUGGCAGCAGGGAAUAUAGCAGCAGAUACUGAGAGAUGCAACUAGCCCCUUGUGAAACUUUAUAUUUUGAUAUAUCUUGAAUCGAAGAUAAAAAAAUGCUGACAUUUCAUUCUAGUUAACACCUUUAAAUGUAGUCAACGUGUUUUCUGAAAAAAGAAACCUCACCAUGUUUUCUCAAAGAAAAUAUGUAGGAGGACUAUUCUAAUUCCUUUUAAACUUUACGAAUACAUAAAGUAAGCUUCCUAAGGGGCAUACUGAUGAUUGUAAUAGUAUAUAUUGGUAUUUUUUUUUAUAUAAAGAUGAAAUUAAAGUGACUAACAUACUCUAUCCUAUGUAAAUAAGUCACAUUGUGGAAUAUGAAAAUUCUAGCCUAGAAUGUAGGGCUCGCCUAGGUUCUGCCAAAUUUUACAUCUGAGGGUAGAAUUUUCAUACCUCCAACAUUGUAGUGAUGAACUCUUUUUCUCCCACCUCCUAACUGGGAAUGACGUAAAAUCAACAAUGACAUUGAAAAUGCAACAUUAAAUAUAAACUAAAUAUCAAGUAUGCUUUACAGAGGAAUUGCUUCAAAAUUAGAGUGCCAUCCAAAUGUUUACAGCAAGCUUAAUAAUAUUUUUUGUGGGGCAACACAAGUUGCUGAUAUGUUUUUGCAUUGGACUUCACCUUGUAAAAUGUUAGCUGAUAGGUACUGAAAAA